GCCUGCCUGUGUUAUUUCCGGAGCAUCGUACGAGAGGGGCCAGAUUAUUAUGAGCGUCUUUCGCUGAAAAAUCCGUUUAUUACGAAGUUGGGCUGUGACAAUUUUAAAGGCCAGGCAUGUUCGACAUAUAGACUGUCUCUCAUCUCGCAAGGAAGAAAGCCGACAGCAGCCGAACGCUCACGAGUUUACGGAUUUGUCAGACAGAAGUCCCGAGACGCAACAUGUUUGAAACGGGCAGAAUCCCACUCGUCCUUCUCGACGUUACCUGCCUUAUUCUCGUUGGGCUUCCCUUUGCGAUCCUCACCCCUCAGCACAAUCCCUUCAAAAGGGGUUUCUUCUGUAAUGAUGAGUCCAUCAGAUACCCCCUGAAAGAGGACACCAUAUCCUAUCAGUUACUGGGGGGAGUCAUGAUCCCUUUCACACUGAUUGUGGUAGUCAGUGGUGAGUGCCUUGGCGUCUAUAUGACUCGUGUCAAAACCAAAUCGUCCUUGAGGACUAACUAUGUGGCGCGAAUUUAUAAAGCAGUGGCCAGCUUCCUAUUCGGGGCUGCUGCUAGCCAAUCACUGACGGAUAUUGCCAAGUACUCGAUUGGUCGACUGCGGCCGCACUUCCUGGCUGUGUGUAAGCCUGUGUGGGACCAUAUCAACUGCAGGGCCGGAGGCUACAUCGAGAACUUCACCUGUACCGGGGACAAGGAUAUGGUAGACGAGGCCAGACUUUCCUUCUUUUCUGGUCACUCAUCUUUUUCUAUGUACUGUAUGCUGUUCCUUGCACUGUAUGUCCAGGCCAGACUGCAGACAGAGUGGGCCAGGCUCCUCAGACCCACCAUACAGUUCUUCCUGAUUGCAAUGUCUGUCUACGUGGGACUGUCGCGCAUUUCUGACUACAAACACCACUGGAGUGACGUACUUACUGGCCUCCUGCAGGGGGCGAUAGUCGCAAUACUCACGGUGUUCUAUGCGUCCGACUUCUUCAAGAGGCCUGUUGAUCCAGUAGAGAUACAAGAGGAGACGUCCGAAACCAGUCUCCAGGACAACCCAGAUAAUGAGAACCACUAUGGAAGCACAAACUGAAGCUUUGGCCACAACAUGACUUACUGUAGCAGACAACGCAUGGAGGACUAGUAGCAUGCUAAGCUAGCUACCACUACCUGCCAUCCCCUACGGAGGACUAUGGUUAUUUAUUUCAAUGCAUUGCAGUUCGUUGGCAUUGGCUGUUGUGGUGGUCACUUUGCCAGAGCCCUGAAGACAGCUGCUAGCCCUCUCAGUGCCAAUGAUAUUGCCUAGGCUGUCUCCUUUGGUUGGGUGUGUAGAGCUAAUGAUCUGUGGAUUGGGUUUCUGGUCUUUGCAUUAGGCUGCGAGGUCUGAGUUUGUUGGAGCUGUUGUGUUUGCAUUGGUUUGAAGCUUUUGUUUGAAAUGAAUGGAAUCCCAGUUGUUACAGUGAGCAGAGUGUCCAUGUGUGCAGCAGUGGAGGCUGCUGAGGGGAGAAAGUCUCAUUAUUAUUACACUCCAUUCCAGCCAUUAUAAUGAGCCAUCCUCCCCUCAGCAGGCUCCACUGUUGUACAGCCAGGCCAAUAACAAAUCUUACAUCUGUGAACCCUUACUGUCCCAAAGCUUAAAUGAAAGCCAGGAGACUUAUUGAAAUCUGAAAUGAUGUGCUAUGUACUGUAUAUAUUUUUUAAUACUGCCUUAGCCAGAUUGUUGCUGCUACUUUCUCAAAGCUCCCUGCAAACUCCUAACAAAUGUUUCCAAUAGUAGAAAUCAUGAUGGCAACUACACAAAUUCACUUUUCUUUUUCUUUUUUUUACAGUUUGUUGUAUCUUUUUUGAAGUACUGUUGUAAAACCUGUAUCUGUGAUCUGAGAUAAAGAAAGAUGGCAUUCCA